UCACCAGAUCAUAGACAAGAAACGAAGACAGAGGCAGAAUGAGUGCAACAGCGCUGCAGACCACAGGUUUUGUAUCAGGCGCCAUUGGUACGGUUGGAGUUCUUGCUGCCACGGUUAUGGAUGUCUGGUGCACCGAAGAUCAGCAAGAGCACAGGCCAACCUACAGCCACCAUUAUAAGAGCCUGUGGAAGGACUGUGAGGUGUCCCAGACUGGACUCCCUGAGUGCCAACCUCUCAACAGCUACCUGAGCUACUCAAGAAUUCUUCAGGCUAUAAGAGCUCUGAUGAUUGUAGCGAUUUUAGUAGGUGUGAUUGCAGUGUUCAUUGGAUUCUUCUGCCUAAAGUGCCUCAAUAUGAGAAGCAUGGAUCUAUUCACCAAGGGCAAACUGGUGCUGAGUGCAGGGAUUUUGUUUAUCAUUGCUGGCAUUUUUGAUAUUUCUGGAUCAUCAGUGUAUGCUGAUCAAAUAGUGCCUAGUUUCAUGAUGCAAUACCCAACCCAAUACAAUCAAAAGCAAGGAGAGAAGGGAGGAGUACACUGUGGGAAUGGCAUGGGCACCGGCACGGGUAUGGGCGGACUUGAUUCAUUUGCUUCCAGGUACACAUUUGGUCCUGCCCUCUAUGUAGCCUGGGUAGGUGGAGCUUUGUUAAUUUUGGGCGGAAUUUUGAAAUGCAUCGCAUUCAAUACAAUGCAAACCAACACUGAUACGAGAGAGAGCUAUUUUUACACAGCCCAGCGCAGUGGAACAAAUGAAGACUGUCGCCUCCAGAGAAUGAGAGGAGAACAACAACAAAUUUAAUCAAAGAAAACAAAAAUCUUGUCAGACCUAUGUAAUGCCUUGCACUGAUGAACUGAUGUAAUCUUUUUGAAUGCUGAUGAUAUUUGCAUUUAAAAUGUGUUCAGUGAUUUGUAAUGACUUUAUUGUAUAAGGGUGAAUUGGCCAGAUAAGGUGUGUGACACAGGGAGUGUCACAGGUGCUUAAGAUUCAAUAGGUCAUCAUUGGAAAUAAUUUGCCGUUUAAAAUAAUAAUAAAUUUUGCCACAACUAUAAUUGGCAUGAUG